AGUGAUUAAACAUGCUUCUUCCAUUUCUUAAACAGAAAGUAAAUAUUUAAAAUGGGAAGCUUAUUCAUCCUACGUUGCUUCUUGUUAUUCUUCUUCUUGUUUCAAGGAGCGUUUGCAGCUGCAGGGAAGAUAUGGAGCAGAACAGAGAUGGUGGAGAUGGCUGGCUACGGUGAACAAAAACUCUCCUCCGUGAUCAUCACCGGAUCUCUUCUAUGCGACAACACUUCGCGUCCUCACCUUCCCUCUAUAGCUAUUCCAGGCGCCACUGUUGCCAUCAAGUGCCACACUGGUUACAAAAGGAGAUCCAAAUGGAUUAAAGCUGUUACUGAUGAUUUGGGAGAGUUUGAAAUCGAUCUCCCUUCCCAACUCCACGCAAUCCCCGACAUGGAAAACACGUGCGUCGUUAAGCCAGUACAUGUCCCUAAGCUAUAUAGAUGCAAUCACAGGUCGAGCAAUACACACAAACGCAUCAACCUUGUUUCCUCUACCAACGGCUUCCGAGUCUACACCUCAGGGAAGAUCAAGUUACAGGGUCACAGUUCAAGAUCAUAGCAAGCUGCAUGGUGUCAAUAUUUUAAACUAAAGAUUUAAAAAUUAAACAGUAUAAUUUCUUGUUUAGCUGGCGCUUCAGUCACAGAACCGAGUUAGAGUCUCUCUCUACAUUGUUAUUCAUGUUUCUACAUUGUUGUUGAUGUUUCCCACUAUGUAAUUAAGAACGAUGGUUGCAUCAUAUGUGUAAAGGUUCUCAUGAGAUUGAUACAAAACAGCAGUGUGGUCACAUUUGAAUA